UCAACGCAUCUUCUUCACAACGCACUCUUGAUCUUUCUCAUACCUCUCUCCCCUCUUAUUGUUCAAGCGGAGUUAAUUUGUAGGGUUCCGACAUGGACGCCGGUGGAAAGAUCAAGAAGGGUGCCGGAGGAAGAAAGGGUGGUGGGCCAAAGAAGAAGCCGGUCACUAGGUCCGUCAGGGCUGGUCUCCAAUUCCCCGUUGGAAGAAUUGGGCGUUACUUGAAAAAGGGAAGAUACGCUCAGCGUGUGGGAACCGGUGCUCCUGUUUAUUUGGCUGCUGUUCUUGAAUACCUAGCUGCUGAGGUUCUUGAAUUGGCCGGAAAUGCUGCACGGGACAACAAGAAAAACAGAAUUAUUCCCAGACAUGUGCUUUUGGCUGUGAGGAACGACGAGGAAUUGGGGAAAUUGCUUGCCGGAGUCACAAUUGCUCACGGUGGUGUGCUGCCUAACAUAAACCCUGUUUUGUUGCCUAAGAAGACUGAGAAGGCUUCCAAGGAACCAAAAUCUCCAUCCAAGGCCACCAAGUCUCCCAAGAAGGCUUAGACUAUAUUUUAAUUUAGUUCUGUAAAUCAGUGUUUAGGGUACUCUGGUUGUUUCAAGAAAGGAAUUUGUUGUUUAAAACACUGAAGUUUGGUCUAGUUGUGUACUUGAAGAAGUUUGUUCAUUACAUGAAAACCAUCUUGUUUUCGCCCAA